AUGGCCACGUUGGCCGUGCCGCAGCCCCAGCCUAGUGCUGGGGGUGGUCUAUUUGGCAGCAGCAGCAGCAACAGCAGCAGCAGCAGCAGCAGCAGCAGCAGCGGGACUGCAGCAGCUGCAGCAGGCAGCAGCAGUACACCAGGGGUUGCUGCCACAACAACUCCUACAUCGGGAGCCGUUGGUACUCCUGGUUCCGCUAGUGGUGCUGCAGCAGGAGCAGCAGCAGCAACAACAACAACAACAGCAGCAACAACAACAGCAGCAGCAGCAGCAGAUGCAGCAGCAGCAAGCAGCAGCAGCCGCAGCAGCAGGUUAGGCCGCUGCUGGGGUGGCCGUCGCUAUGAGCGUUUGUAUGAAGAAGUUGUGCUGCCUCUUGUUGCUGCUGUUGAGGCAGCACCAACAGCAGAGCAGCAGCAGCAGCAGCAGCAGCUCCUGCUGCAGCAGCACGGUGAUGAAGCAUUCGACGGCGAGCCACAAUUCGGUUUAGGUGUAUGUGCUGAGGAGCAGCAAGGAGAUGCAGCAGCAGCAGCAGCAAACCGUUUACGUAUAUUAGAGGUAGAGACACUUGCUGCUCUGCUGCAGCAGCAAGAAGGAUUUGCUGCUCCUCUGCAUGUAGCAGAGAGGCCUGGUCCUGCAACAGCACAGACACAGCAGCAGCUGCUGCUGCUGCUGCGCGAGGAGCUGCCUGGUUGGCAGGUACUUGCUGCUGCUCUUGAUGAGGUGUCUGUACACCUGAAUAUAGAUGCAGGAGAGUGUGCUGCACUUGCAUAUGAUGCUGUUGCUGCAGCAGAAGCUGCAGCAGCAGCAGCAGGUCCUGCUGCAGCAGCAACAGGACAUGUACUGUGGCAUCCGCUGCUGCCGCUGCAUGCACUGCAGCGCGAGCAGCGCUACCAGCUGCUGUGUCUGCGCACCUUAGCUGGUUUGCUGCACCCUGCUGGUGCCCCUACACUGGAUGCAGCAGCAUCAGCAGCAGCAGCAGCAGAUGCAGCAGCAGCAGCAGCAGCAGCAGAAAAACAACCAACAAGAGUUAUUCUUAUGUUCUUCUGUCUGCUGCUGCAGCAAGGACUAAUAGAUGCAUUAAUAGGGAAGAUGGAGGCAUUAAUGCGUGCUGUUGUUGCUGCUGCUGCUGCAGAUACACCGCAGCAGCAGCAGCAGCAAUUAUUAUUACAACAGCAGCAAAGACAACAGCAGCAAGCUGUAGCAUUACAGAAUGCUGCUGCUGCAGCAGAUGGGGAAUCAGGAGGUGGUACUGCUGCUGCUGCUACUGCUGCUGCUGCUGCUGCUGCUGCUUCUGUUACAGGUAUAGAAGCAGAAAUAGCAGCACUUAUGCUGCAGCACAACAUAGAUUGUGUCUGGGCAAUUACUGAUUUGCUGCUGCUGCUGUUCAAUUCCUUCCAUGCAACAGCAGACCAGCUGCAGCGGCUGCUGCUGCUGCUGCCGCAUAUUAUUUCUCCUGCUGCUCUUCCUGCUGGUCGUCGUGCUGCAUCUGCACAAGACUUUGAUUCAAGGACACAGCAGCAGCAGCAGCAGCAGCAACAGCAGCAGCAGCUGCUGCUGCAGCAGAUGGGACUGGGUGUUGAUGAUCAGCAGCAACGAGGACAUAAUAUACAUCUUCAACAACAAUUGCAACAACUGCAGCAGCAGCAACAGCAGCAACAGCAGCAGCAGCAGCAGCAGCACAAGCCGCAGCAGCAGCAGCAGCGGCAACUAUCUACAAGAAUAUGUGAAUUAGUGUUAGUAAUAUUGCAGCCAAAGUUGCUGCGGUGGAUUGUCCCUCGUGGUAGUCUGCAGCAGCAGCAGCAGCAGCAACAGCAGCAGCAGCAGCAGCAGCAGCAGCAGAAUAUACAGCAGCAGCUAGAUGAAUUUAGGGCCCCCACCCUUACAGACUUCGGCCUCCUCUCUGCUGCUGAUGACUUGGGGGCCCUUGCUGCAGCAGAGAAGCAGCAGCUGCAGCAGCUUGCUGCAGAUAUAGGUAGUACAAGAACACUUAUACAGACACUGCAGCAGCAAGGUCGGAGCUUAUGGCGUACAGGAGACGGAUUAGAGUGUGUGAUGGAUUUUGUUGUUAGUGGUGUCUUUUGCGGAGACAGCAGACGUGCUGCUGCUGCUGUAUUAGAUCGUCCUGUGCUGCAGUUGCUGCACCAUUGCUUCUUGCUUCCUCUUGCUGCAGCAGCAGAUACAGAGGUUACUCAGGUGUCUCUGCAACUGCAGCACGAGAUACUUAGUCUUGCCUUCUGUGGGGGCCCCCAGGGGCCCUCUGAUCUAUGGUCAGUAUUAAUACAGCAUCAAUUGGGUACCCGUAGCAGCAGCAGCAGCAGCGGCAGCAGCAGCAGUACAACAACAGCAGCAACAGCAGCAGCAACAGCAGCAGCAGCAGCAGCAGCAGCAUAUACACCGCAACGAAUAAAUGAUGCUCCUCUACUAAUAGAGGCACUGCAGCUAAUAUCUAUGUUAGUGCGCAUGCAUCCAGCAGCAGCAGGUGUAUACGUAGAUGCAGUAGUGUUGCUGCUGGAGGUAUAUGGUGUACAGCUGCAGCAGCAGCAGCAGCAGCAGCAGCAGAUGAACUAUCCUAACCAUAACCAUAAUAAUAAUAAUAAUAAUAAUCAGCAGCAACUGCAGCAGCAGAAUAGACCACGUAGUCUAUUGCAUGCAGCAGCAAAUGCUGUAGGGGUACAGCUGGAUAUACACCCCAAUAUACAGAUCUAUUUACUAGAUUGCUGCAGCACAUUAUCCUCAUGGGGAGGAUUUGCUGCUGCUCGUCGUAUUUGCUGCUGUAUACAAUCUAUACCUCUGCUGCAGCACAGCAGGCUGCUGCUGCUGCUGCUGCACCAAUUAGAGGCUGCUGUUAGGGGACAGUAUACUGCAUUACCCCAGCAGCAGCAGAUACUAUAUGACGAUACACGAGCAGCAGCAGCAGCAGCAGCAACAGCAGCAGCAGGAGGGAGAGGAGGAUUGGGAGGUACGGGUCUCUUUGGUGGUAGUACUACUAGUGCAGCAGCAGCAGCAGCAGCAGCAGCAGCAGCAGGAGAAGAAGGAGAAGUAUCUAUAUUAGAGGAAGGAGGUGCAUACCCAAGGGGUCUCCUUGCUGCCUUUGAUGCUGCACUGUCUCUCUUAGCAAGCAGCAGCAGCAGCUGGUUGCUGCUGUCCCUUCCUGUGUCUCCUCCGUUACUCCCUGAGGCAUUAACAUGGACCAGCAGCAGCAGCAACAGCAGCAGCAGCAGCAGCAGCAGCUACCAUAGACCUCGUCAUACAUUAGAUCUAGUGCAUGCAGUGCUGCAUCUAUCCUCUCCUUCCCCUCUUAUACAAUUGCAUGCAAUAAAGGCAGCUUGCUUCGAGCUGCUGCUGCAGCGCAGCACGAGGAAUCCAGCAAAUGCAUUUGCUGUUUUGCUGCAGUUAGGUAAUAUGAUUGAUUUAUUAAGGAUAGAUCUUGCUGCUGCUGCUGCUGCUGCUGAUUCAGGUAGACUUAUUAUUACUUUCUUUACCUGUGUUGCGCUGCUGCUGCAGCGAAUAGGCAUAAGAAGACGUUAUGAUGCAUCUUUGCUGCGCUUCUGUCUUGCAUUAGAGCAGCAGCAGCAGCAGCAGCAGCAGCAGCAACAGCAACAGCAGCAGCAGAUAAUGCAGCAAAGAUUAGGGGACCCUACUAUGGCUACAGGGAAUCCUACACUUGAUGCAACACCACAAUCAGCAACACCAACUGCAGCAACAGCUGCUGCAGCUGCAGCAGCAGCAGCAGCAGGAGCAGCACAACCAGCAGACAGCAAUGCUGCUGCUGCUGCUGAUGCUUCUGUUGCUGCAGCGCAUGCAGCAAUGCUUAAACUUUGUGCAUUUACCUUCGAGGUAUUUAUACAGGUAUUUGCUCCGCAUGCAGAUCGUCCUGGGCAGCAGCAAAUGAAGCAGCAGCAGCAACAGCAACAGCAGCAGCAGCAGCAGCACCGACAGCAGCAACAACAGCAACAGCAGCAGCAAUUUGUUCAACCAGACCUCCCUCGCUGCCGCUACUGGAGACUUGGUUUGCUGCUGCUGCGCAUAAUAAGAAUGUUUCUUCGUGGUCCUCUUCCUGCUGUUGCUGGUUGUUCUGCUGCUGCAGCAGCAGCAGCAGCAGCAGCAGGGGCAGCAGGUGGUGAGAAGACAACAAGACAAGUAGAUGUUUCAGGUUUACCUCCUGUAUCAUCAUCAUCAUCAUCAUCAUCAUCUGCAGCAGCAGCAGCAGCAACAGCAACAGCAGCAGCAGCAGCAGACCUAGCAGCAGCAGCAGCAGAACCAUUUAGUGACGCAGCAACACUUGAUUGGCGAUCUGCUGCUUUUGCUUUCUUUAAGUUUCUAUCUAAUCGUUCUGCUGCAUUUGCUGCGCUGCUGCGUCUUACUUGUUCAUCUGCUGCUGCUGCUGCUGCUGCUGCUGCAGCUGGUGCUGCAGCAGCAGGUGGUGGUGGUAGUGGUUGGUGGGGUGCUGCUGGUGGAAUUAGUAGCUACAGCAGCAGCAACUGCAACAACAACAGCUGCAGCAGCAGCAACUGCAGCAGCAGCAGCAACUGCAGCAGCAACAGCAGCUGCUGGGUAGAGGGGGAUGAGGCUCCUGCUGCAGCACACUAUAGGGAGCGCUGCUGCAGCAUGGGGAUGGAGUUGCUGCGUUUGCUGCUGCAGCGCGAUUUGCUGUUUAUUGAGGUGUAUAAAUGGCAAAUAGGUGCAGCAAGAGCAGCAGCAGCAGCAAAAGCAGCAGCAACUGGUGGACACAUGGAGGAUCUACAUUCAUUUGCUGCUUCUCUUCCUUUCCUCUGCAGCAGCAGCAGCAGCAGCAGCAGCAGCAAUAUUGUUGAGGCAUUCGAGCUGCAGCCAAUGCAUGCGCAGCUAACAUUACCUGCUGUAGCUCUGCAAACAGGAUCAGCAGCAGCAGCAGCAGCAAGAGGAGCAACAGGAGCAGGAGCAGCAGGAGCAGCAGCAAGAGGAAGAGGAGAGCUGCUGCCUCCUUAUUGUUGGUAUAUUUGUUUGCUGCUGCACCCCACACAAUCUCUAUCUGUACAGAAGGCUGCGGUGUAUGUGCUGCUGCAGCUGCAGCAGCGUGCUGCUGAUGAUCUUGCUGCAGCAUUAGCAGCAAAUCCUUUACCACUGCAGCAGAUGCGUGCUGCUGCAACAGCAGCAUUAAAGGAUGAAACAGUAGCAGCAGGAGAAUGGAGGCAGCAAGCAGCAGCAGCAGCAGCAGCAGCAGCAACAGGUACAGAGGCCCUAUUAGAUCCAUUAACAUCUAAUAAUCUUAGCUGCUUCUUUGUGUCUGAGCCUACGCAGCAGCAGCGCAGCAAAUGGGCUCAUGUCCUUAGGCAGCUACGUGAGCAGCAGCAGCAGGAGCAGCAGCACCAGAGGAUGCAGCAGCAGCGGCUACUGCAGCAGCAUGUGCAGCAGCAGCAGCUGCAGCAGCGCCAAGCCCCUACACCUUCCCCUAGGGGAGGUAUAUCUGCUGCUGCUUCUGCCUGUGGCGGUGGUCGCCGCAGGAGCAUGCAGAGUCUAGCGGAUCUAGAUACAUCAGCAGCAGCAGCAACAGCAGCAGCAGCAGCAGCAGAUGAGGAGAGCAGCAGCAGCAGCAGCAGCUGGGAAUUAGGAGCAGCACAAGCUCGUGCCUUCUUUGAGUCCGACCAACGAUUUCUUUUUUAUCAAGAAAUACGCGAAAUAGACGACUGCAGCAGCAGCAGCAGCAGCAGCAGCAGUGCAUGCAACUGCUCGGACUGCAGCAGCAACAGCAGCAAAAGCAGUAGCAGCAACAGGAGCAGCAAUAGGAAGCAGCUACUUGCUGUAUCCUCAGCAACAGGACUACCUAUCUGUGCUGCUCUUGAUGAUUGCUGGCAAGCAGCAGAAGACACACUAAUAGAAGCAGCAGAUGCAGCAACAUGGACAGCAUUAGCUCGUUGUGUUGCGCUGCAGCAGCAGCAGCAGCAGCAGCAACAGCAGCAGCAGCAGCAGCAACAGCAGAAUCCUUCAGCAGCAGCAGCAGCAGCAGCAACAGGGCAACAGCAGCAAGUCUACCUUCCUUCGGGACAGAGGGACAUCUUAUCCGGGCUGCAGCGGCUGCUGUUCUUCUUUGUUGCUGCUGUAGAUACAGAUAUAGAGGAUCAGCAGCUAAAUAUGUUGCUGCAGCAGCAGCAGCAGCAACAGCAGCAGCAGCAGCAAGCCCUCGCUCCUCUAUGCUGGGAAACCAUCGAAGGACAACCACCAUUACCUUCUGUUAAACUUGCUAGGAGAGAAAUGCGCAGGUAA